AUGCUAUCUAUCUAUCUAUCUAUCUAUCUAUCUAUCUAUCUAUCUAUCUAUCAGAAUGUUCAUAUCAAUCUAUCUAUCUAUCUAUCUAUUGUUGUCUUAUUGAUUCCUUCAUUCUCGACAUGUAAUCUUUUUUUACUUUUUAUUUUAACACAUUCUCUUUUUCUUUCAUUAUAUUUUCUUCAUUACUUUUUGUCUCUUUUCUUUUUGAUUUCAUUGGUUCUUUGCUUCUUUCUUUCUUUCUUAAUUUAUUUUUCUGCGGGUCUUUUUAUUUUCUUUUUGCAUUCUUUAUUUUUGUUGCUUUCUCUCUCCCUUUCGUUAUUCUUCUCUUUCAGGCAUUUCUUUCUUUCUUUCUUUCUUUCUUUCUUUCUUUCUUUCUUUCUUUUUCUACAGUUCAUUUAUUUUCUUUUUGCAAUCUUUCUUUACUUUUGCUUUCUCACUAUUUUUUCUUUUCUUUUUGCCCUUUUUUCUUUUAUAUUCCCUCUUUUUUUACCUUCUUACAGUUUACUUCAUGUUUUUUUCUUUGUUUAUUCCUUUCCUUCAUUGCUCAUACAGAAUAAAAAUGUUAAUCUUUAA